AUGGCAGACCAGGCAACUGUCAAGAAGAAAGUUCCGCCAAAACCUCCGUCCAAACAGCAGAAGAAAAAGAAAGGUCCAUCCAAACCUCAACCAGCCUGGUUAUUUCCUCCCGACGCAGAGAAUCCUGUCCUCAACCCAAAAGAGAAGUCACACGCAGAGGUUGAAAAGGCGAUCAAAGAAAGGGAAAAGGCGGUCGACUACAUGCAGCGCAGAGUACAUGGCGUACCAGAUCGCUUGGCUCCAGAUCCGCUUCUAUUGAGCCUCAUUGGCAUCUUCCUUACGGACUUUGGCUUUAAUUCUACCAGUCGGCUCUUCACAAAUGAGAGACAAGCAAGACAAACAUUGAACGGCUGGGAAGACGCUCUUGGAAAGAAGAUCGACAAGAAGACGCCAAAGCUAGAGCAGAUAUUCAGGGACUGGCACCGGGAUUGGUUGAUCAAACAAGGCGAUGACACAAGCAGCAGUGAGAGCAGCAGCGAGAGCAGCAGCGAUGGGGAAAGUGAGGUUGUACCACAGAAGCAGCAAGAUGGACAAGCAACCAGUGACGAAGGCAGCAACUCCAGCUCAGCUGACUCUGAUGUUGAGAUGGACGAUGCGCCACAACCCAAGAAAGUCAAGAAGACUACCAAGGCAAAAAAGGCUGCUUCACCUUCGCCAUCCAUAUCCUCAUCGAGUUCCGAUAGCGAUGCAGAUGAUGAAAAGGAGAACGCAGAGCCCAAAGCAGAAACUCUACUUAAGAAAGCCAAGCAGGCAGUGGCAGCCGUUCCAACCGUGGCUGCGAUGGUGAAUAAACUCAAGCGAAAGGCCCAAACUAGCUCAUCGGAGUCUGCAUCAGACUCCUCUGACGAUGAGAAGCCAACCAAGGUCAAGAGGACCAAGACCGAGAACGCAAUCUCCACACCUGCAAAGCCAGCAACAGCCUCUAAAGCUACAAAGGCCAAGGGUGAGGCUGCUGUCUCCAUACCUGCCAAACCCAGCAAAGACUCUAAGGAUGCGAAGCCCAAGACUGCCCCUGUCAAGAAUGUACCAUCAUCCUCGGAAAGCGAAACAUCAGACGAAGAAUCCGACAAAGAAGAAACCAGCAAACUGCAAAAAGGCGCCACGCUCCCUGCCCUGCCAACGGCCGCCUCCGACUCCUCCGCAACCAUCAAUGGCGAUUCCAAAAAGCCAUCCACCAACGCCACUCCCUCAUUUUCUUCCUCCUCAUCCGCAACCUCCAGCAGCAGCAGCUCCUCCUCCUCCUCCUCCUCCUCCUCCUCCUCCUCAGAUCCACGACCUCCGCAAGAGAAGCCAAACCGAAGAAACACACCGGCGCGAAACUCACCCCUCUCGCAGAAGCGAGCAGAGCAGCACAGCUGA